GCCGAUGUCGGCGAUGCAUCGCCAGUGCAUCGGCGAUGCAUCCCCGAUGCGUCGGCGAUGCGGCGCGAUCCUCCGACCCCAUUUGCUCCGACCCUAUUCGGGAGGCCUCUACCUCUCACGGGGCGCCGCGGCGUCGGGUCCACGCGGACGCGGGGACGUCGAGAGUUUUCGGAGCCCCACGAGUGGAGUGAUCUCUCGGGGAGGGCGGCGGAGGCCCCCAGGGGCCCCCUCGCCACGCGGCGGGGCGCGGCGUGCGCGAGGCUCUCUGCACCGAAGGGGGCAGCCAUCUCGUCCCGCUGGAGGUGGGAGCUGCAAGCCUACGACUACAGCUUCCGCAUCUGCAGGAGGGCCCCCACUGGUGCUCUGUUAUUCCAGGGGGGGCACGUCUGCCACAGGAGCUCCGCCUUCACACUGGACAUCCCGUAUUCACAGAUCAGGCACUUGCUCGUUGACCCGCGCAGCGCCAGAUCCCUCAUCCGUCUUCAUCUGCAUUCUCCCGUUCUUAUCGGCAAGUCGAGGCUGGAGUCCAACAUCUUGUGCAGUGGAGCGCCGGCGGAUGAGUUUAAUGACUUCAUGCAGAAGUUGGACAACGUCGACGCACACCGAAUCAUUGUGAACUCGCUUUUCUUCGAAUUCACUGUGGGGAGUCGCUCACCUCGGAACGUGAUGAGAUAUCAGUGUUACGCUGGUGUGUUGACGCGGAAUGAUUGCUGCGCACCGUUAGUUGAUUUGUCACAUGUGUGUGCGGUCAUAGUUGAGCCGUUGAAGCGCCGCAUGAAGUUUAGUUUGAUUUUCGUCAGCAAGAGUCGUAUUGGCAGUUUGAAUGGUUUUCGCUAUCACCGGUACUCUAACAGCAGCACCCUGCGCGUGGAUGGCAUAUCUCAGCGCCAUCAGGCGAGAAUCAAGCAAUGGCUUACUCUGUCAAAGUUCAGCAUAGAGGUGACUGACACGACCGCAUUGCAGCAGCAGUUCCGCAACGCUGACGAGUUGUGCGAUGACUCAUCUGAUGCGGGCGAAGAAAAGCGGCCUUGACAUGUCAAGUAUGUUUGCAUCGGUGUUGGGAUGGGUUGGGCAAGGGGGCGCCUGCUUCAACUUCAUUGUAGUUCUGGCCUCAACUUGAGUGGUAGCUCCGUCAUCAGCAUGGGAGCAAUAUCGAUCUUGAGCUUCAGCCUAGUUGAUUGGAAUUGUUUGUCUUCGCUUGGGCACGGUGCUGCAUCCAAGCUUGUAUUCUGUAGGAAGCUCCACGUGCGUACAGUUAAUGAACACGUACUGAUCACCCAAGUCGUGCACA